AUGGCCAAGCAGUACGAUGUGCUCUUCCGACUCCUGCUCCUCGGAGAUUCCGGGGUUGGGAAAACAUGUUUGUUAUGCAGAUUCACGGACAACGAGUUUCACCCGUCUCACAUCUCCACCAUCGGAGUCGACUUCAAAAUGAAGACACUGCUAAUAGAUGGUAUCAAAGUGCGGAUACAGAUAUGGGACACUGCAGGCCAAGAAAGAUACCAGACCAUCACGAAGCAGUACUACAGACGAGCACAGGGAAUCUUCCUGGUGUAUGAUAUCACGAGUGAGCGAUCCUUCCAACACAUCAUGAAGUGGGCCAGUGAUGUGGAUGAGUACGCUCCUGAAAAGGUCCAGAAGAUCCUGGUCGGGAACAAAGCAGAUGAGGUGGACAAGAGGCAGGUGGCCACAGAGCAAGGUAUCAAGCUGGCCAAGGCUUAUGGGAUGGACUUCUUUGAGACAAGUGCCUUCACCAACCAAAAUAUCACAGAGACUUUCACACGACUGGCUGAACAGGUGCUGUCAGCCAAUAAAAAGGACCUGGAUCUUCUCCGGACGUCCAUUAAUGACGAGAUUAAUCUUGCUGCUCUGGAGGAAGAGGAGGGACUCUGUGACGGCGCGCCGCACGACCAAGGAAAAGGCUGCUGGUGUUAAAGAAACAGUUCAAGUUCGUCUGCUGUCACCAGACACUUUGCACACUACGGGCAAAAUGUUGCUCCUUUUUGUCGAAAUUGAGAGGAACAUCGGGCUGCGAUUUUGAAACCAGCCGUGUUUCUCUGUUUCGCAUGAGCGUUGCCAAAAAAUGCUAACGAGCCAUUUGAGAGCAGUUUCAAGGACAAAAGGUGGAAACAUUUUGUCAUACAGUGCCAAGUGUGCUGUGGAUUAGUCAACUGAAGGGUCCAGAUGUCAAGGUGUCCCUCAGUGGGACAUAAUGUUCAUUUUCUAAAACAGUGGUUCCCAACUGGUCCAGCCACCGGGUCCAGAUUUCUUCAUGGGCAAGAGAGAUGACCACAUAUUUGAUUUUAUUUCACCACCUGUAAAUAACACGAGGGCUUAAAGCAGAGUAAGAUAAAACAUGUUGCAAGAAUAAAGUGCAAUUAGUUAAAACCAAGGACAUUCCUAAGAUUUGAGGAUAUUGGGGGUUUAGCUGAACCGCUGAAAGAAAAAAAUUUG